AUGCUAAAAUCAACUGAUAACUCAAAUCGAUCAGAUUUUUGUGAAAAUUUUGUAAAAAGUAUAAAUACAAAUUCUGUACCCACACCCAUGCACGGCUUUUCAAUCAAAACCGUAACUGAUCUGAUCAGAGCAUUGCCUGUUGGAUUUCCUGUGCUAUUCUCCAUAAGUGUUGGUUGCACCUCUACGCAUGAAUGCGAUGUGAAAAAGCCAGAGGUACGAGACCAAGACUCUUCUAAAGACGUUGCUGGAAAUGGCCAGCCCAAUACUCAAAAGAAAGAUGGUGAUUCAGCUGGGUCUUCAGACCCAGAAACACUCAAAGUUUUUAAGGACGAUAACGGUUUUCUUACUAGGGUAAUGGCUGAAGUCUUUGGUGUUUUCAAGGAGUACUUUGAGAGUGUAGGACUGGCAGAUCUUAAAGAAUAUCAAGCUCACAAGAAUGAGAUUUGGGAGGUUGUGGCUAUGCACUUGUGCAGGUACAAUCUUAUAAUCAAGGAAGAGGUUUCGAAAAGAAGUAGCACUGCUGUAAUCAAAAGAAAAAUACAA